AUGUCUCGCAAAGCGCUCGUCGAUUUCUUCUCCCGCUCCCUAUCGUCGUUUCAAUCGUCCCAAGAAUCCUUCAGGGUCCUCUGCACCCUCCCCCACCACCGCGAAGAUGCCGCGCCGUCCCCAUCCCCGCGCCGGCCGCAGCAGCCCGUGAAGCGCCUCGUCGUGCUGGACUCGAGCUUCAACCCGCCCACGCUGGCGCACCUGCGCAUGGCCACGUCCGCGCUCCAAGCCGGCGGCGGCGCGCGGCUGCUGCUCCUCCUGGCCGUGAACAACGCCGACAAGGCCCCGAAGCCGGUCGCCUUCGCGGUGCGGCUGGGGCUGAUGUGCGCUUUUGCGGAGGACCUUCUCACGCAGGGGGCGAGGGAAGGGUUGGAGGUUGAUGUGGGCGUGACGACGAUGCCGUUUUUCCAUGGCAAGGCGCGCGCGGUGGAGGGCAGCGGGGUUUAUGGGGACGGGGUUGAGCAGGUGUAUCUGGCGGGGUAUGAUACCCUCAUCCGGAUCUUCAACCCGAAGUAUUACCCCGAGGCGGAGGGGGGUAUGAAGGCUGCGCUGGGCCCGUUUUUGGCACGGGGGAGGUUGAUAAUUAGUUUGAGGGUUGGGGAUGAGUGGGGCGGGGAGGGGGAGCAGCGUGGGUAUUUGGAAGGUUUGAGGGAGGGCGGGUUGGAGGAGUUGGGGGGCAAGAGGGAGUGGGCGGAGAGAGUCGAGUUGGUGACGGGGACGGAGGGAGAGGUUGUGAGUAGUUCGCGGGUGAGGGAGAUGGCUGGGCGGGGGGAUGAGGAGGGGUUGAGGGGGUUGCUUGGGGAGAGGGUCAGGGGGUGGGUUCUGGAGGAGGGGUUGUAUCGUGAGUGA